CUCAGCAAGACAGAGAGUAAAGUGAGCAUUGCUUCAGUGCACCUUUGGUAGUGGUCACCACAACACAUCUCUCUGAACAAUGGGUCUGAGGAACUCCCGUCCCGAGUUGUUUCCUGGAGACAUUCUAGAGUUCCCUCGCAAUAAGUACUUUUCCCAUUAUGGAGUUUAUUAUGGAGAGAGAGAUGGGGUCGCUUAUGUGGCUCAUCUUACCACUAGGGACUCGACCUCUCAGUUCCUCAUUUUCGGUCGAGCCCUGAACUCAUCAGUGAGGCUGGACCCUCUGGAUAUCAUGGGGAAGAAGUAUAAGGUGUACAACAGCCUCGAUGACAAGCAUCCGCCGCGGGACUUCUACAACCACAUCAAGCCCGAGAUCGAUGAGGCCGUAGGCAAAGCCGUCACUUUCGACAUCCUCUUCCACAACAGCGAGCACCAGGCCAUCCUGUUCCGCUACGGGGUCAAGAGGUCUGAGCAGAUUGAAAAAGUCUAUGCCAGAAUUGUCCCCACUUGGCGAAAGCCCUUUGAGAAAAAAAUGCUGUGAUUCGAAGUAGAUUCCAGAUCUCCAUAAGCUGCAACCAGAUGGUCUGUUUUGGCAAGGUAUAACAUAUCUGAAAUGUAUAUGAUGAAUGAAAAGAAUGUAAAAAUUAUGCUUGGAAAAUGUAUGUGUAGUAGGCUUGAUAGCAUUAUUGAUUAAUUAAAUGAAUGGCUAAUGAUUAAUGAAUAAUUAAUUGUUUGUGAAUAUCUUUAGUAAAGAAAUUCUAAAUGGGGGCCCUAAGAAUUAUUUUGGACUGUUGAAGACACAUUCCACAAGGGGGCAGUAAUGACAUAGGCAAUGUAGGUCACGUGUGAUCCCAUUUGUAUUUGAACUGUCCUCAAGAAAAAAUCUCAUGUUGGUGAACAAUAAAUUAUGUCCCAGUUGUCAUUCAAAGCACAAUGCUAUAUGCUGUUAUAUAGCGUACAGUAUCUGUAGAUUGUAGUUUUUUGUGUGUUUUAGUGCUUAGUGGUGAUACAUUUUCUUUUUACUGUGUGUAAGUUUGAAAGACAUGCUCUUCCAUUCUGUCCCUGAGGUCUUAUGACUACAAUUGGCAUUUUGGUGCAAAUUCCUUGUUCUAACGAGGAACAUCAGGAACAUAUUAGCUGGACCAUGGGGACCUAAACAGUAGCAUUAAAGGCUGCUGACAUACAUCAUUGAGACCAUGGGAUGGAGCAUGUGUUGACAACAAGUGGAGGACAGAAGGAUGUAUAUAGUGCAUUGUGAAACCUCCUUGAUAGAAACCAGCCAAAACUAGUUUGGUCGUAUGUCUGUUAGCCUUUAUGUCUUUCACUGAAAUAAUGGGGCUGCAUGUGUGACAUGAGUUUGUAAUUAGAAGGGACAUUGUCCCACAGAGCUUUGGAUUUGUUGCUUGACCCUUGUGGUGCUUGUAACUUUCUCCAGUGCCAUGAAUAAAGCUGCAGUCUCACUCUCA